AUCAAGCAACAGAACAACCUAUCUAUAUGCUUUAAUUCAUAAUACCUUAUCCAUAUUUACCACGUGUAAAAGUAACUCUUAGUAUAAAAGAAAGACAAGCAAGAGAACUCAAAUCUAUAAUGCCUUUCUUUCAAAUCUAGAGAUCUUAAAUCUUACACUGUUCGUAAUUUUUUUUUCUUUUUCAAUUAAGUGCAAAAAUGGGAUCACCAUUGUGCGAUCAUUUGGCUAGGCUUUGUCUUCAAUGUGAUUGGAAGUUACACUCUAAGAGUCCUGUAAACAAUUACGAUUAUUCGCGGAUUCCGUUGUGUAAUAAUUGCAAUUCGCAGACCGCUGUUGUAGAAUGCCUUGAACAAGGGUUGUGCCUAUGCCAAACAUGCUUUUCAAACCCUAAUGUAUUCUCACGUUUUAUUCUUCUUCGAAACGGUUCUAGUGAUAAUUCAGCAUAUAAUUGUCCACUGGAUCUUGAUUCCUCUUCUUCUUCUUCUUCAUCUUCUUUUAUUGAUCGCAAUUGGGCAUUUUCCCUUGGUUCCUUACCUCUCAAUAAUGAGGAUUCAUCAUCAUCUUUUGAAAUCCUUCAAAUAUUUGAAAAUCAUACAAAGAAUUAUAGUGAUCAACAUGUGCUGACGCUUCAGCCAGAUUAUUUGAACAUUCCUAAGGAUAGUUCAUGCUCAAGCUUCAAAGGCUAUGAAACUAAAGAAGAUAUAGAGAAUGUUUUGCUCAACACUUUUGAUGGUGCCGAGGCAGUAUUAGACCUAAAAGAAUAUAACCUCGAGGAAGAUUUGAUCGUCACCAAUCAACUAAUCGAUGAAUUAUCGAAACACAAUUCAGAGAUCACGCCUACCAAUGUAAACAUUAUACAAUCUUCACCAUCGGGUAUGUCAUCAUCGCUUAUACAAAAAGAUUACAGCAUUGAAGCUUUGGCUAACGCAAGUUCUCAAGAUCAUUAUAUAAAUCAAAUGAUUGGCUCAAAAGCAAAGGAAGAGACCAAUAAUCUUGCCAUAUUCCCUAACCCUCUUGCUCAACUUGACUGUGGACAAACGCAGUUGAUUUUUACCGAUGAGAUGUUACCAUGGCAGAAUCAAACAUUUGUACCUGUCAAGAGAUCUAGUCCACAAGAUCGAGAAGAGGCGAAGAAGAGAUAUUUCGAAAAAAAGAAGAAACGCAAGUUUGGGAAGCAAAUUAGAUAUGAAUCUCGAAAAUCUACAGCUGAUACGAAGAGAAGAAUGAAAGGAAGAUUUACAAAAGCUGGUGCUGAGUACGAUUAUGACCCACGAGCUGAUAAUAUUGACAAAGGAACUAAUAAAAUCACGAGCUAAUGAUAACCAAGCUCAAUUUUGAGAUACCAAUAAGGAAAUAAAGAGAUGGUUGCAAUCAUAUGAUCAUCAUCAUUAUGGUUCCAUGAUUUUUUGGACUUUGUUUUGCCGAGGGUGUGUUGUAGUUCAGUGGUUUUGUCUGGUUGGUCGAGGUAUCGAUAUCCACUGCAUGCACACGCUUGAGGACUGCAAAAGGUUCACAGAGAGGUCAAAAACGAUCUCUACUAUAGUUUUGAUUCCAUUCAAUAGAUUUUUUGGGAGUUUCUAUUAUUAUUAUUUUUUUUUUGUUUUUUUUUUCCAAAAGGAUUUUUAUUUUUUAAUUGCAGUUAAUGUUAAGUUAUCUUACCAAAAACUACAAAUUAAGAAAUUUUUUGGUUA